CGAUGUGGAUUCAUGUUGCUCUGUUUAGGAAACACAUUGACUUCAACUAUAAUAAAUCAGCUGUAAACCAGUGUUUCCACAUCAAGACGGAUGGACAAGAAUGUUUUGAUGGCCUGCAGAAGACACACAUGGAAAGGGGACAAACACUGUCCUCAGGAGCUGAGGAUUGUCCUCCUGGGCCACGACUGGCUGGAGAAGAGUCUGACGGGAAACACCAUCCUCGGCCAGCAGAUGUUUGACAUCAGCAGAGACGUGAAGAUGUGUGUUAAGAGACAAGGCGUUCUCGAUGGCGGCCGCAAAGUCGUUGUGGUCAGUACUCCUGAGAGGUGGAUCCACUACUCUGUUCAAGACCCCAGCCUGGUCAAUGUAAACAUGGCAGCCUGCAUGACCAUGUGCCCACCCGGACCUCACGCCUUCCUCGUAGUUAUUCCCAUCUGCUCCCACAGAGGCAGGGAGUGGACAGUAGAGGGACCUCUGGAGCUGCUGGAUGACACCCUGUGGAAAAACACCAUAGUAAUAUUCACCAGAAGUGAGCGGCUGAGAGGGGUUUCAGUGGAGAGCUACACUGCAAAAUAUGAUUUUCUCAAGGCAAUCAUAGAGAAAUGUGGACAGAGAUACCAUCUUUUAGACACAAGCUCAUGGGGAAAAGAUGAUGAUGUUCAGGUUGCAGAACUUUUGGAGAAGAUCGACGCAAUGGUAGAAGGAAACAUAAAGUCAAGAGGAGUUGGUUAUGUGACCUCCAAAGAAGUCUGUAGGAUCAAUGAGAGGAAGAGUAAAGAGGUAGAGGAGGGGGCGACUUUGAGGCAGAUGAAUGCGCAGAUGGCCAGAAGCACACUCAGAUCUGUAAAGGGAGAGUCUCCCUCGAUUCCAGCGCUUCGAAUUCUAGUAGUUGGACCGAGGGAGGUUGGAAAGACUUCAGCAGGAAAUACUAUUCUCGGAGAUGAAGUCUUUCCUGUUGGACAUCCAACAAGACAGUGCGCUGAGAGACAGGCUGGCACUGACAAAAAGCAAGUCAGCGUUGUUGACACUCCAGGUUGGUAUGGACGAUAUUGCUCUGAGGACACUCCACAGGCGUUACAACAGCAGAUUACCCACAGUGCAUCUCUGUGUGCUUCCAUUCCUCUUGCUGUUCUGGUGGUCGUACGCUGUGACGAGACCUUCACUGAAACUGACAGGAUGAGAGCAGAGGAACGCUUGAGCUUGCUUGGACUUUGGGUGUGGACUCGGGCCGUUGUGUUGUUCACGUGGGGAGAUCGUCUGGGAGCCACUGCCAUCGAGGAGCACAUCGAACGAUGGCCUGCUCUUCAGUGGCUGGUGGAGAAAUGUGGAAGCAGGUAUCAUGUUUUUGAUAACUCCAACAAGGCCAGAGACAUUCAGGUGAGAGAACUACUAGAGAAGAUUGAGGAGACACUGGUGGGGAAUGAUACUGGACACUUGCUUAGGAGUUUGAUGAAUCUCCAACAGAGCAAUAAAAAGCUGGAGCAAAGCUCCAAAAAGACUUCAAGGCAGCUCAAGAAAGCAAAGGAGGAGAAUCAACUUUUGAAAGAAAUAGUUAAGGAGAAGGAGAGAACAGUAGAAGAUAUGAUGAAGACAGCCAAAGAGAAAGAUGUGCAGGUUGAAGGUCUGAAGGUGACAACAGAGACAGAAAGGAAAAGGCAAAUGGAGCAAAAGAAAGAUUAUGAAGAGAUUAGCGUGAGAUUAGUGGAGGCUGAGAGGAAGAACAACCAGCUCAAACAGGUCAUUAUGGAGAAAGACAGUCUGAUAACAAGCCUGAGUGAAAGAUGUGCUGUCAAAGAUGAUGUCAUAAAAGCUGCAAAGCAAAAAAACGAGGCAGACAAGGAAGUACUAGAGAAAAAAGUGAAGAAGGAAGAGCAACAGAAGGCAAUUUUAAAGAAAACAUGUGAGGAGAAGGAUAAAGAACUGAAGCGAAGGGUGCUGGCUCACAACAGAGAAGCAGAAGAGCUCAAAGAGAAAACUGAGCAGCUGAGGAGAGAAAAUGAAGAUACAAAGAAAAUGUUGAAGGCAACGAUUGAGGGGAUGCAGAGAGACUAUCAGAGAAAAGAAACCAAUAGAGCAAAUGAGGUGAACACUGCACACUUCAAUAAAGGCGACCACAGCAGGACAACAAUGACAGAUUUCAAAUCACUGGAGGAGCUUAGCAGGCAACCAAAAUGGGCAUUUACUAUUUCAACGAGUCACCAUCAAGACACCACCCAACCCAAGACAGAACAGAAAAGCCUAGGGUUGGAUAAAAGCAUCAUGCUACAUGAAAAGACAGAGACUGCAGGGCAACUUGAGGUCGACUGGACGUCACCAUGGCCGAGAGUUGGAGGUGCAGCACUAGGGGCUGCAGUCGGGGUCCUGGCCGCCUCCUUCAAGGUCACCACAUGGUUAAGUGCCAGAUCGGCUGGUGGAGCUGUGGCUGGAGCUCUGCUGGGCUGCUUCCUGAUCCAAGCAGUCAAAUCCCAGCAGAGGAACAGUCAAGAGAAAUGCCCCUGAAAUAUCAUGAUCAUAAAGUUCCUGAUUACGAACACAGCAUCCGAGUAACUAUCUGAAGUCUGUUUAUGACCAUCAUAUUGAAUUCACACAUUUCUCAAGGGUCCAUGUGCACUUGUGGCCUGUACUUCUACCUCAGUUAACUAAGGUAUCUGUUGUCUAUGUAGAUUUUAGCUUUUGUUCAGAUGUUGUGGAUAUUUUGUAAUACACUUUACAUAUGAAAAAUGAUAAUAUACUGACCAUUGUAUGUUUAUUUACAACUUCAACACUGUAACUUCUUAUUUUGCCUGAGUCAUGACUCCAGAGGGGGAAAAAUAAUAAUAAUAUCUGGGCAAAGAAAUCCAGUCGUUCUGAUUAGAACAGGACACAGGUGAUUGAAGUCAUACCUCUUGGAACUUAAUUUGAAAACAGACCCACUGAGAAUGUACACUAGAUUUUUUUCAUGUUCAAAGUGAAUUAAAAUAUUCCUGUAAGGAGAGAAAAACUAAAUAGUUUUGGACCAGC